CUGUAUUCCAUUUUUCGUCUGUUUUUAGUGUUCACUAUGAGGUCGCUCCUCUACUAGAGCUACUAGAGCCAUCGUCCAUACCAUAGUUCGUUCAUAGUUCAUACAUCAGUCGAGAGAUGACGUCGACUGGUAACCACCCCCUCAGCGCACGGACGCUACUGAUCCCCGCUAUAGCCUCGCUAAUUUGUGUCGCCUUCGGCGCCUUUCUCGUAUUUUCCUCCUCUCUCCAGCUGUUUUCAUUUCGCGACUCUUACUCGUCGAUCAACGGUCAGAUCUUACGCAACGGCUGGCUCGGGGUCUCAUACGAGUACGACGUAGACUCCGGGUCUCGGUCAUCGGAUGAGACCUUCACCAAGUCUCCCUCUUUCCGCGACGCGUCAAGCACCGCGGCGAUUCGCACUCGGCACGGCGAGCGGAAGGGACGAUUCGAGGGGCUCCGAGCCGCGGAAGCCCAUGCUUCAACGGCUAAUAUUAGUACCACUGGGUUCGAAGUGGUGGCUCCGUUGCCUAAUAGUAGCUGGUCUAACAGCCUGAGUAGGUGGUGGCAGUGGCUGCAGACGGCGCUCUCCGGCGGCGCACCUGGUGAUAGUAGUAAUGAUACUAUUAGUAAUAGUGAUGACCCAGUAUCCGAGUCGGAUGAUUGCGGCGGUCCGAGCCCGGCGGAGUCGGAGCAGCCAGAGUCUGGCGGCUUCCGUGGCCAGACUGCAGCGCCAUGCGCCGCCGCCGCCUGCCAAGAUCGCCCGACGGAUCAUGGCGCCGCUGCGGCGGCGGUGGCCGCGGUGGCGGCGGGAGGGGAUUCCUUGAGCGCGGCGGCCCAUCGGAGAAGGGGGGGAAAGGUUUUUCAAGUCGAAGGUGUGUUGGGGGAAAGUCCCUUGCUUCGGAGGGGGUUGUCUGGGAAUUGGCGAGUCGUCCUCAAGAACGUCUUCGUCUUUCCCGCAACAUUCCCAACCAAACCGAAUCGCGUCGAGCAAUUCGGUUCGGAAAUUGGGGUUCGGUGUGCACGUCGAAGGAGAGUUGCGAUCGUAUUGCUUCGACUCGCCAAUUUUGUUAUUAGACUUUCGCUGCAAUGGACAUCUUUUGUGCCACGAGUUGUAAUCACUGGACAGUAAAUUAAACACUUAUGUUGUAC